AUGUUAAGCACUACGACCCUGAUUGUGGCACUUACAGUAGGACUGUGCGGCGGAGUGCUGGUCAUUUCCGCCAUCAGUUUCGUCAGUGCCUAUCUUGUGCGCCGCCACUGGCUGGCCCAGCGCAAAGAAUGUGAGGAGCGUGUGCGCAUUCACGCGUCGAGCUCCAUCUUACCCAGCAGCACAGGCGCUCACCUUGCGUCGCCGCCGUUUCGACCGUACAUCAACCCCGAGAAAGUCGAAGAGGAUUCAAGUCCUGCGAGUCUGGCCCAUGUCGAUAAUCCUGCGCCAUUGCUGCCGAUCCACUCACCGUCACCGACGAAAUCGCUGAAGUGUACCCAGCCCAGGCCUUCGCUCGACACGGAGAACUUACUCGUACAGGACCGUGGAUCCAUGCCAACGACGCAAAGUCCGACUUCGAACUCAAUCUUUCGCUCGCAAACGCUUUCAAGCAAAUACAAGCUUAACUUGUCGCGCGCCUCCGUUCGCAAUGCUAGUUUGCGGUGCUCGCGCAUGAGCCAAAACGUCCUUUCUCGACUGCCUUCACAAUUUCGGUCGAACCGCUCCAGCCGUCAGAUUUCACUGGAAUCUGGCGAGUCAUUGGGCAUGCCUGAAGACCAAAUACCUAUGGCUCGGCGCAUUCAGCGAAAAGAACAACGCUUCCAAUACGAUUCGAGCUCGUACUCAUCCUCCGUCGCGACGCCCGAAGGUUGUUUGCCAGAGUCGGAAGCUAUGAUGCCACCACCGCCGGCCAUGCUCAAGUCUGACAGCCCACGCAAUAAAGAGGCCCUGUUUGACCGGAUCAUGGCAUGGCAAGAAACGAGUGCCGUGAACGUGUCGCCCGACAGCGACGAGGCUCAUUCUGACAUUGCUGAUUUACCAUCGCCAUCCAAGUGGCGCCAUGAUAAGCCGCGACUGCAGCGCCAAGUGACGCAGUCCUCCAUGUACUCGAUGGGCUCAGAAUCCAUGUGUUCUCACACAACGAUAAGCGACGUGAUCAAUCCGUACAUGCAAUCACAGUCACACACGCCAAUUCUGCGCAUCCCUUCCAUUCGCCCGCAGUUCAUGGCAGAGACAUCGCUCGAAAGCUGGCUCGGUCCUGAGGAUCCACGGCGCACGGCUAAAAGCGGACAGGGUGUGGCGCCUAGUCCCACCACCCUUUUCCGUGAGGUGCCUAUGGCUGCACCUGAAGUCAAUGCUCAUGAGUCUGUAUCUGCUCACACGGCGCCGUCGGUCCACGGCACACAACUUGAGCACCCACGCACAUCUGUACAUCUGCUGGCACCUCCAGAGACGCCAUCUCCUAAGCGUGUCUCGUUGACAUCCACCGACACGAAAGAGACACCGACAACCGACGUGCCCAUUUUCUUGUCUCCCGCUGAUAAAGCUGCCCUUCCGCAGCCUACAUCUUAUACGCCCUCCAACUCGUCGCGCUCGUCGUAUCGCAGCAGUGCGCGGUUCUCGGGCUACUCACCUCAGCACUGGAAACAUCUAUCGAACGAGACAGCCGGUACUGAAAUCACUUGGGUUGAAGAAGCCGAAGAAGAGGAAGAAGCUGAGUGCAAGGCAAAGGCAGUCGAGCCAUCCUCGCCCCCCUCUCCGCGCCACUCCCCCGAUCGGCCGCAAAACAUACAAAUCGACAUGGAAGCGGAGGUCAAGCAUGCCGCUCACCCACCUGCUCCUCGUCGUGACGUGUCGGCAGCUACGAUGGUCGAGGCUAUAGGCUACGCAUACGAUCCCACUGACCUCGGCUCGGAUGUGUAUGCACAAACACCCCGCAUUCCGUCUGCGAGGUAUCCAGCGGCGCCAUCGCCACCAUCUGCUACUUUGCCUUUACGCAACGUACACUCCUCGACACCCGACUCGGCUGACUCUGAGUCUGUUGCUACAGAACGUGAUUCACAUUCAGCUCCCUCGACUUUGUCUCAAAAUGCCAUUGUGGGCUCACCGAUGCAAACGAUGCAGGCAUGGUUCCAAAUGGCAGGAGAGAAGACACCUCUCGCCAAGGAGACCGUAUCGCUGCGAGGUCCCAGAGCGAUGGUGUGA